CUCGUCUCGUGCCCCUCAAAUUGAUAUCAUUGUCUAUUUCAACUUUUCGAAGUGGUUAGUUGAGAAAGGUGAAAAUCAUGAACCGGUCGUUAGAACUUAGAACUUAGAACGAAAUCAAAGUCCUCACUCCUCACAAAAUCCAAAUAUCCCGCUUCCUUCCCCAGUUCACAACUGGUAAACCAACGGUCACGAUCACCACGAGAGCUCUCCACCUUCUAUUCCCCAUGCCUCGGCUUCUUCUUCUUUGAUUACUCAGCUGGAAAAUGGCGAUCCGGGACGCCGUUGAUUAGAGAAAAUACAUAUACAUAUUUUUUUCCUCAACUAGACAUUUCUUGUCAGGCUCGAUUCCUUGUAAUUGUUUCUCGUACAUUUUUUUUUGUUAGAUCUGCGGUGUUGGUUGCAGCUGGAGCCAAGGCUUCAAAGGGACCUUUGCAAGUUUUCUCCUUUUUGGCUUUCAUGGCCGUUAUUGUCGAGGCUUUGUGGUUACAUUGAGAAAUGCUUGUUCCGUUGUUUUUUUAUGCUGGCAGAGGAAGAUAUGUUAGUGAGACGUAUUUGACCGGUUCUGGGUUCAUGAAGGCUGAGAAUGGUGGAUUUCGUCUGUUGGCUGUUUUGAAGAACUUAGUUUUAGGGCUAGGGUUUUGUAGUUUCAGUGAAUUAUAUCGUGAAACAGAGCGUUCUAACAUUGACAGCUUUUUACGUUCUGAUAACGGAUUGGAGAGCUUGUAUUAUUCUUUUGCUGGUACAAUGCCAAAGAAGAGGAAGGUUUCUUUUUUUUUUUUUUUUUUCUUGUAAAUUGGUGUUUAGGAUGUGAAACGAGGAUGAGCUGAGAUUUUGGGGAGGUGGAGGGAUUUAAAUACUUAAUGGUUAGAUAUGUUUGGAUAUCUGCGCUGUUGGAUAAAUUAGGGAUUAAGAAUUUGUUGUGGUCUACUAAAGUGUUGACAAGAGUACAGAAGAAACACCGUCUCGUAAGUUGUUUUGGGCUUUGGACACGGACAAUUUAAACAACUUCAAGAUUAACAUAUAGGAUUUUGUUUUUUCAUCAGUAAACAAAGGUGAUUUAGUGUAGAAGUAUAGGAUUUGCUUAAGUGAACCAAAGUGACUUACUGGAGACGAAUGUUGAUUAGAAAUGCCAAGCAUUAAAGCUCCAGCUACAAAGCAAACCACGACCCUCACGGUCGCUGUAAAAUGCAGGCCAUUAACAGAGAAAGAACGGAAAAGAGGCCGUGAUAUUGUUCGGGUUAAAGAUGAUAAGGAGGUCACUGUAUUGGACCCUGACCUGUCAAAAGACUACCUUGAUCGAGUACAAAAUCGAACUAAGGAGAGAAAAUAUUCUUUUGAUUAUGCAUUUGGACCUGACUGUACAAACUCGGAUGUUUACAAGACAAGUAUAUCUUCUACAAUCGCUGGAGUUGUUCAAGGUCUUAAUGCAACAGUGUUUGCAUAUGGUUCAACCGGAAGUGGUAAAACAUACACAAUGGCUGGAACUAAAGGCGAUCCUGGACUAAUGGUUCUCAGCUUGCAUACAAUUUUUGAUCUUAUCAAAAGUGACACUAGUUCCGAUGAAUUUGAAGUUACUUGCUCCUACCUUGAAGUUUAUAAUGAAGUCAUCUAUGAUUUGCUUGAAAAAUCAUCAGGACAUUUGGAGCUUAGAGAGGAUCCAGAGCAAGGAAUAAUUGUAGCUGGGCUUAGGUGUAUCAAGGUUCAUUCGGCUGAUAAGAUUCUUGAACUCUUAAAUUUGGGAAACAGUAGACGAAAGACAGAAAGUACAGAGGCAAAUGCAACAUCUUCACGGUCACAUGCUGUUUUAGAGAUUAUUGUAAAAAGAAAACAGAGAAACAAGUACAAGAAUCAAGUUGUCCGUGGAAAACUUGCAUUAGUUGAUCUUGCUGGCAGUGAACGGGCUUCCGAGACAAACAGUGGAGGUCAAAAACUGAGGGAUGGUGCCAAUAUUAAUCGUUCACUUCUUGCUUUGGCAAACUGCAUCAAUGCUCUGGGGAAACAACAGAAAAAGGGUCUGGCAUAUGUCCCUUACCGCAAUAGCAAAUUGACACGUAUUCUUAAAGAUGGUUUGAGUGGUAAUUCUCGAACAAUCAUGAUUGCAACAAUAUCACCUGCUGGUAAUCAGUAUCACCACACUGUUAAUACACUGAAAUAUGCUGAUCGAGCUAAAGAGAUUAAGACACACAUCCAGAAAAAUGUUGGCACAAUUGAUACCCAUGUUGCAGACUACCAACGAAUGAUUGACAGUCUUCAGAUUGAAGUUUGCCGGCUGAGAAAGGAACUAGCAGAAAAGGAGUCACAACUAAGUGUGAAACCUACAGAAAAAGCAGUUGAUGAUGAGCUCUCUUGGUUGGAUGUUUUGAGCCGUGAAACCAGUGAAAAUGUUCAAGAACGGAUAAACUUGCAGAAGGCUUUGUUUGAACUUGAAGAAACCAAUAUCCGUAACCGCAUUGAACUCCAACAUCUAGAUGAUGCUAUUGCAAAACAACAGGUCAUUGAAAAAGAUGGAACAAUUGUACAAGCUUUAAGAGAGAGGAGACAAGUUAUUCUUGAUAACAUCCGUGAUAAUGAUGAGGCUGGAGCUAGUUACCACAAGGAAAUUGAAGCAAAUGAGAACCACCGCUGCCAACUUCAAGACAUGAUAGAAGAAGCCAUUAGUAAUGAUGGCAACAAAACUUACUUGCGUAUUCUCAGUCAAUACAGGCUCCUGGGAAUGGCUAACACUGAGCUUCAGUUUCAAAUGGCAAUGCGAGAUCAAGUGAUUCACAAUCAACGAGAAGCACAGAGGAACCUAUGGAACUUGAUCAUGGGGUUAGGACUUGAUCAAAAGCAGAUAAUGGAGCUUGCUUCCAAACAAGGAAUAAUAAUAGAAGACUGGACUACAACAACCCCUUGGGUGCCAUCUGGUAUGAAGCAGUCACCUAUUUCAGGUCAUGGAAGAUCUCCGCCUCUGUGUUCUUGUCAUGGCAUCAGACAGUCCUCUUCAACAUCUUCUGUAUUCCAACACCACCAAGAUGUUGGCAUUAGAUCAUCUUUCGAGGAACAUUGGGGCUCUUCUCAUACUGUUUGUAGGGAGGAGCACCACAGCUCCUAUUACAUGCUAUCUCAUGAUCACUCCCCACCAGCAUAUUUGAGGAUGAGAAGGAAUAGUGAGCAUUGGGUAACUGGAAGACCAGUGCCAUGGUUCUCAACACCUGAGAAACCUCAAGUUGUUCACAGUAAAUAUCCAGAGACAAGACCUUUGUCUUCCUCGCGGAGUGGACACUGCAUAUCAGCAUCCUGUCUCCUAGAGAAUUUUGGCCAACAGCAGCAGCAGGAUGCACAGACUACAGAUAGGCAGCUGCUUGAAGUUCCUCCAGUUGGAUUGAGCAGCAGCCGUAGCUCAUGCAAAGAAGUAACCAUGCAUCAUGGUGGGGAAACACGAACUCUAUUUGGAACUACUAAACCAGAUCUCAGUUCAUGCCAUAUUUUGCAUAAUGCUGCACCCUCAAGUCGCCUAAAUCUAUCCCAGUUGAUACCACCAUAUGCAAAUGCAGGGCCAAAUGUUUUUAGUUCCAGUAGCUCUGAUUUUAAGGGUCGUCCAUCUAAUUUUGUAUAGUCUUCUGUUUGAUCUCUUUAUUUUCGUUAUUUAUUUAUAUCCGUUUUUAUCAUUAUUAAUUUUUUUGUUUUACUUUGUAUCGUUUUCAUA